AUGAGAGAUCCUCCAAGAUCAAGAGAAUGGCAAGAUUACUAUGAUAAUCAAAAAACAUACAUACCCCCUUCGUACCCUACCACAACGUCUCGUUAUUCAAGGGCACAUUCACCUCCAACAUCACCGAGAAGAUCAUCCAGUGGCUACACUGCUGCACGAGAGCAGGGUAAUCGGUGGAACCUUUUCGAGGGAAUGACGAUCUACAUUCAUCCGAGGGAGAACGAAACUUCUCAUGAGGUUAGGAGGAGAUUAAAUCUGAUGGAUAAGAUCAAGUACCACGGCGGAUCCUUAUCUGUGAAGCCUAAUGCCUCAUACGUUACCACCGUCCUCAUUCACCUUCCACAGACAUACCCAAGACAUACCGUCCUGCUUAUUGAUCGACCUCGGGAAAUACCAAACAUAGGCGAAUGGACGAGGGACGAGCUAGUCCAACAUCUCGCUAAAGUCUCCACCACCGAAGAUAGUCCCGUGUACCAAUAUGGGAGGAAGAGGGUGUUGAGAAUCGAUUGGGCAGAAGAGUGUUUGAGGGAUGGGAGACUUAGGGGGGAGAAUGAGAGCUGGGGUGGAUGGGAAGUAAGGGCUACAUACGAUCCAAAAUUGGUCAAUGACCAUAGUUCUUAUCAAACCCUUAGCGCUGACUAUGGAUUCAAUGAAUACCUAUCUCAACAAGAAGAUGAUAGACUUGAAGCGAGAUUCCAGCUAUCACCAGAAUCAUAUACAUCACCCGCUGAACACGUCGAGACGCUGGCCCAAGAUCCCAGAAAAUACCUACGAGCUAAAGCUGAUCAAUUAAAGGGCGGUGUAGUAGGGGACAGGGAGAAUAUCAUCGGGUCAAUUACCGAUGAAAGGGGUCAUUCGCAAGAGGAAGCGAACACAUAUGAAACCCAAGAAGAAGCUUCGAUAUCGAUCGAAGAGCCUAUGCCUGAGUAUGAUACGGAUGCUACUGAUCUUUCCGGGUCGAGGGAUUCACAAAGGGAUCGAUCACUUCAAAUAGAGGAUAUUCACAUUGACGAAAUCAGAGCGAAUAAUGGAGAAAAAGUUGAGCAAAGUCAAGCUCAUGGACUGGUGGAGCCUGAAGGAGUGCAUACGAUCAACACAGUACAAGAAUCUAGGGGCAGCGGACAGGGUAUCAUCGUAGAUAUUCAUGUGAAGGAAGAUAUUAGGAAGCAAGUAUAUGGAGAUAAAGAGGUCACGUCUACCGAUGUCGAGGAUGAGACAGAGAGGGUAGAGGUUAAGCCGGAGGAUGGUGAUAGCAUCAUUCGACCAGGUGGAAGCAAAAUUGAAGAAACUGAGGAUGGGACAGAAGGAAAUGAUAACAGGCCGAAAGAAAGUCAGAAUGAGGUAGGAGACAAUGAGAAUAAGAAAGAAGAUCAAGACGAUGGUUCGACCGAUACCAAGCCUGUUAUCAUGGACAAUGACGAGGAACCAUCCAAAGACGAUAUUGGUCAAAACUCGUUACGAUCUCAAUCACAAUCACGAUCUAUAAGAUCACGUUCAUCUUCUAGCAGAUAUAGUCUCUCCCAAGGUUCCCACAACCAAUCAACUAGGUCAUCCGCCAGCGAAGCUCCAACUGCGAAUGCGGUGUCAGCUGCAACAAGAGUUCCGUCAUCGCCUACAGCCUCUCAGUUCUUUGCAGUCCCGAGAGUGGAACAAAGGGUAUUCACCCGAGGUGUCUUGUUACCACACACAUUCUGUGUACUGGGAGAAGGAAGGGAGAAGAGAUUUACCGAAAGGAUUAUUACCAGCGGUGAGGGUAUAAUCGCAUCUUCCGGAUCCGCUAUCUUCCUUAUCGUUCUCUUAUCACCCGAACAAAAUGCAUCUCUUGCAGACCAUCCAGAGGUGUGCAGAAUGGUCAGAAAGAUACAAAGCGAGCCUGGUAGGAGGGCAGUCUCGGUUGAUUGGGUAGAAGAUUGUAUAGAACGAAAUACACUCUUACCUCUCGAGGGCUAUGUGAUGGCUGCUGUUGAGGAUAGAAGUGCUGAGCCAAUCAGCCCUCCACCCAGUGGGAGUGGCUCGAGUGAUUCCGGAAGUAAGAAGAGGGAUGGAGGGGCCAGGGAUGGUCGAGAAGGCAGUAAGAAAAAAAGUAGGACUUAG